AUGCGGUCUUUGUACAGAAUUUGUUCCCUCAUUUUCCCUUCUUUAGAGAUGGCUGACAAAGAUGAGGGACCUUCUAAAAAAGAUGUUAAAGACGCUGAAGGCUUGAGUGAACUGCUGGACGAUGCCCUUAAAGGAUUCACCGAACGUCCUCGAACUACCGAUGAUGAGCUUGAUGAGAUCAUGGCUGUGCAAGACCAAGCUGCUGCACAGAAAGCAGCAGGGGAUUUCCAAGCUAUGUUACAACAAAUGGUGAAAGUACAAGAGGAAGCUUUGCGACAAGCGGAAGUCUCAGGUCAACAAGCAGGUGAAAGCGAAAAAGAAGCAAAGGACAUGAUUGAUGCCAUGAAAGCAUUGAUGGAGAGUAGUGGGAAGAUUGCGAGUGCAUCUUCUCAAGAAGACUUUGUCGCCGGCCUUGACAUGUUGAAAGCUCCUGGAUCACCGAUGGAACCUUUUAUGGCCAUGAUCUUGCAGACGCUUGCAUCAAAAACUGUCAUGUAUCCUCCGCUGAAGGAAAUUCACGACAACUAUCCAGCGUUUUUCAAGGAACAUGGCGCAUCGUUGGAUAACGAUACUCGAAAACGUUAUGAAAAACAAUAUGAAGUCCUUGGUAAGAUCUGCCACGAAUUUGAGAACCAACCAGACGAGCCUGCUAACGCCGCGCAGGCGACAAACGGUGGUUUGCCGAAUUUUAACAGCGAACCUGCCGACAUAUCAAAUUUCGAAAAUCUCGGAAAACUUUUAGUAGAACUACAGACUUAUGGUUAUCCUCCAAAAGAGUUGACAGGGGAGCUUCCUGCAGGUUGGUCUGUUGAUGAGUCUACCGGAUUACCGAAAGUUGAAGACAUCUCUACGGCUGCAAAUUCAUGCGCAAUAAUGUGA